AUGGCCAGCCGCCGCUCCGCCGCUGCCAAGAAAGAGGAUUUCAGCUUUGAAGCGGCAGCAACGCAAUCUGCACAUGAGGCCCAGGAAGGAUUUCCUUCAUCCGUCAUCAUCAAACUCGUCCUAGUCACUGUGGCGAUGAUCUGCGCGCCGCUGGGCACAUACUUUGGCACGCUGAAUACGAUCUGUGGAGGAGACUCCUCAUAUGCCGGUGCCCUCGCGGCGAUAUCAGUAAAUGUUGUCUUGAUUAUAUAUCUCAUCAUUGCUGCACGUGAAGACACUGGUGAGAGCGAGGAGGAGAGGAAGGGCAAGGAGGGGAAAGAGGAGUAA